AAAACUAAUUCAGAUGACAAAUAUAAAACUUAGAUUUAUGUAUAUUUUCUCUCAAAUUCUAUUUUCAGAUCUAAAUAUGUCUUCUGGUAAAAAGAAGGGUAUACAAUGUGCCUGCUGCGGAUCCGACUGCUAUGAAAGUGCUGAGCUCCGGGUAGUUUGUGUUGAAUGCGAACCAGAGAUGGAUAUUUGUCUAGAUUGCUUUGCAGGAGCUGUUACAGUUGGUCAACAUAGACCAUACCAUAAAUACAGGUUUGAGGAGAGCACCAGGUUUCCUAUUCUAACUGGAGACUGGAAUGCUGGAGAACUGUUCCAGCUUCUGGAAGGAAUAGAACAGUUUGGAUACGGGAAUUGGAACGAUGUAUCACGUGAUGUUGGAACCAAGGGUCCGACUGAAUGCAGGGAUGCUGUUAAUCAAAGUUUUGUCGAUGGACCGAUAGGAAGCAGAACCUAUGAGGAGAAGAAUAGAGGAAAUGCUGUAGAUCACACACCUAAACCUGCUCCUACUGCAGGGAAGAAGGAAACAGAUUUAUCUAUAAAUGAUAUGCUGGCUCUAGGCUGGUUACCAAACAGGGACGAGUUCGAGGUUGAGCACUGUAACGAGGCUGAAACCCUAGUUUCCUCCCUGGACCAGGGGAAAAACGACGAGGUGGAGGACGAGGUUGAAUCCGCUCUCAAACUAUCCCAGGUUGAGAUGUAUCAAGCUAAACUCAAGGAUAGAGAACGUAGAAGACAGACUGCAGCAGACCAUGAUCUCAUUACACAAUUUUUUAUAGAACAAAAUACAUAUAAACCAAAGAAGAAAGACGGAAAACCUGAUCUUUUAGAUAGAUUAAAACUUGUUUCGAACUUUCAAACAGUUCCAGAACACAAGACGUUCAUGUCAAACAUGGGUCGGGAGAAGGAAUUAAAGUCAAGGAUAAAAGAACUGAAUAGAUAUAGAAAAAAUGGAGUGACCCGGAGCAAGGACGGAGAAGAAUUUGAUUUACAAAGAUUGCGGCGGAAUAAAAUAAAAACGGAGCGUAAGAAAGCUUUAGAGGCGGGCAUUGAUAUCCCGCCCUCACUGCUGGAGCAUCCUCAGGGUGGGAUAGAUCUAGAUACAAUUACUAAUAUUUCAAUUCUUCCAGGAUAUGAUUUACUGUCAUUAAAUGAGAAGCGCCUCUGCUCUAGCCUUCGUCUUCAUCCAAACUUGUAUAAUGCCUACAAAACCUGCAUCAUCCGGGAUAAUGCAAUGAAGAGAAGAGGACACAUUAUCCGUCCUUCCAACCCCUCCGGACUAGAUAAACUACAUAGAAAGAAGAUAAUGAACUUCCUUCUCCAGUCUGGCUGGAUAUCAGCAUACUAAAUUACACAGAGUACAAAGAGGCUGAACCUCGGGAUUUUUAUUGUUUACAGAAUCAAUAUAUCAAUAAUGCAAGUAAAAAAGUGUUCAGAAAAUCCGAGUUUGGUAGCAUUGGACUUGAUAAAAGAAGGCUCUUUGACACCGACCGGUUUUUGUCAUAAUGAUUUUUAUCAAAUUCAUUUUUGUUUUAAUUUACAUAGAGUGUAUCUGUAUAUUGUAUACUAUUAUUAGUUUUAGAAAGACUAAACUAAACAAAAGUGGGUUUUUGUGUGAGAAUCCUUCUAAUACGCUUGAUUUUUUGAAACUUAAAUUUGAGGAUAAAUGGUAGAUUCCUUCAUUUUAGUCAUCCCUGCAGGGUACAACCACCACGGGACAUUUAAGAUGCAUUAAGUUAAUCCGCGGGAAUACAUUAGAUGGAGUUCAACGUUUGAUCCCGAUAUUCACAACACUUUUGACUUCAAAAUUAUUUUUUUCUUUCUAUUUUACAGAUUAAUUAAGCCUAAUAUUCUUAAAGCUGGAGGCGCAAAAUCUUAGUUUUACUAAAAAUUAGCAUCAUUUUGUCAACAAAAUAUGUAUGUAUAGCUUUGCUCGAUCUUGUAAUGAUUUUAUUAUUUAAAUAUUUAAAUUUAC